CAAUUUCGUUUGAAAUAUAAUUAGGGUUUUUGUUCGCCUGAAAUCACAAGCGAUUGGCCGAGGUAGAGCAAGCGAUAUAUAUUUGAGGAGGUUAAUUUGGUGGUAAUAAUUUAGGGGAAAUUUGAGAACAAUGUCGCGUGUGUACGUUGGAAAUUUGGAUCAGCGAGUAACGGAGCGAGACCUUGAAGAUGAAUUUCGCGUCUAUGGCGUUCUGAAAAAUGUGUGGGUUGCCAGGAGACCACCUGGUUACGCAUUUGUCGAGUUUGAUGACCGCAGGGAUGCUCUGGAUGCUAUUCGGGCUCUCGAUGGGAAAAAUGGUUGGCGUGUGGAGCUUUCACAUAAUUCUAAAGAAGGUGGUGGAGGAGGACGUGGUCGUGGACCUCCUCGUAGUGGUGGUGAUAGCCUCAAGUGUUAUGAAUGUGGUGAGCCUGGUCAUUUUGCCCGGGAAUGUCGCUCAAAAGUUGGUCCACGAGGUUUAGGAAGUGGCUAUCGUCGUAGCCCAAGUCCAAGACGCCGUAGGAGUCCAAGUUAUGGUCGUCGGAGUUAUAGCCCACGCUACAGUCCUCGUGGAAGAAAGUCUCCACCUCGCCGUAGCGUAUCACCUCGUCGUGGUCGUAGCUACAGCAGGUCACCACCUCCAUAUCGCCGUCCUCGACGUGAUUCACCUUAUGCAAAUGGAGUGUAAGCAGCUGGAGCAAACUGUGGAGGUUCAGAAGAUCCAUGUAAUUCUGCUGAAAAUUUGUGAUCAAAGUGGAGUUGGGUUUUUUUUGUUCAUAUAUGAUGACAUUUGACUGUGUUUGAACCUGGACGUGGAUGUGUAGCCAUUGGAUGGUGCUUUGGACUCCAUCUUUCUUGUGUCUAUUCAUCUCGCCGAACUUAGAGGUCUCUUUUAUGCUUAAGUUCAUUCUAUGUGACUUUUACUUGCGUUUAAUACUUGUCAUGAGUAUCUUUGGCUGCUAAA